AUGAACUUUGGCCCUAUGCGCACGCGUAGACGAGAACAAGACGGUCAUUCAUAUCAACUCGGGAUAAAUCCGUGGUCCCAGACACUGGGUCGUGGAAUGGUAUUUUUAUAUGGAACGAUCGUUGUUUUCUUUUCAGUUGCCAUUAAAGGCAUUAGUUCGUGUUUGAGUGAAUAGUCAUAAAAAUAGGCACAACCAUCUCUGCGAACGCGGCACAUUUGUGUUAGCUACACGCCAUGAAUUUACGUUGUUGAGAUGGACUUUCAUUUUGUGGGCGCGCAAGUGAACACAACCAAACAAUUGGCAAAUACCAAUAUUUAUCGCCAUGGGACAGUUGUCAUCUCGGCUAGACUUCAUCCACCAAGAACUUUCAAAUCAUGGAGGUCGUGAAUGGAUUUAUGUCCAUGUGGCUCUGCGAGAUGCAACUCUUGCACUUGCUGCCAGCAUGCAUGCUUGGAUAGGGGCGCAUGCACAAGCAGAUAAAGCGAGUGUUCCCGCUCAUGAUCCGUGCUCACAAAACUGCAGCCAGGUGUUUUCAGAGCCAGAACAGUGGUGCGGGAUGUGCUUCACAUGGCACCGAGAGAUCUUAGCACUUGCAUCACCAGAAUACACGAGUCGAGUGGUGUGGUCAAGGUUUCGUUCAAAAGACUGGCCAAGCAAUCCAUAUGAGGUUGCUCGUGUUUUCAUACCCCGAGCGCAUCGCUUUUACUACAGAUCCAACGAGUUCCAUGAAGACAUCAGAUUCACUCUUUGCUUUCUGGAAAACUGCACUCUCAUUCAUGUAUCAAAGGAUCUUAUACAAAAAGCAUGGGUUCUUCGCAACAGUUUCCUGCGACGUGGUCGAAUGAAAGCCAAAAGAACAGACCUCAAUCGUGCUCUUUCUGUUCUUAUUAGCUUACUGCAAGUUCCAGAAAUCUCAGAGCAUGAGGCAGUACCUCCAGCUCUCGAAAAGCUUAAGAUUUUUCAAAAUACGUCCGAAGAAAGUGUUUGCAUCAUUUUGUAAUGUACUGAAUAUCAGAUUAUCAUUUGGUGUGCAUCCUUUUUUUCUGUUUUUCUUUGCCAUUAACAUAUAUGCCUGUAUUUGAAAAAAAAAUUUCUUCUUUUGUCAUCAGUAUGAUUUUUCCUGCAUUCCCAAACAUUGCAUAAAAGUAAUUCAAAAAUCAAUCAAAGGAAAGGUUUUUGAAUAUUUUCCAGUGGUUGUGCCGCUGUUUUAGAUUUGCAGACAAAUGUGCUGAUUUACUUUUAAAAAUGGAUUGGUAUUCUAUAGCUGAUAUAAGUAGUAUAAAACCUAAUAUUCAAUAAUAAGCAUGUGUAAUGUAAUGAAGACUGUAGUUAACACAUUUAAUAAUAGUGAUUAUUAUUAACGGAGCUGGCAAUUUCUAUAUCGAUGUGCUUUAUGAGUCCAUCUUCAUGAUGUCAGUAUGUUCAUCUCAAUAGAACAUUUCUUCACACCUGUUCCCUAAAUUGUAAAAUGCUGAUGUCUACAAAUGUUGAACAGUUGAAUUAAAUUAUGCAGACAUUUUAUUACAUGACAGGUAAAACAAAUGAGGAUAUUGUGAAAAUGCAGCAGAUUGAGCUCAAAACUUUCUUAGGGAAUAGGGAAUCAAGAUUUUAUGUUCUAAAAGCCAGCUAUAUAAGUUAAUGAAAUAUCAGAAAGUUUCUUUUACUAUUUGAAAAAUGAAAGACUUAAGAUUUGUGUGCUUCAUUCUCUUCUGUUUGAUUGAUGUUUCAUACUCUUAUUAUUUGUAUCCAUAAUUGUGCCUCUGUCCUGUUGCUUUGAUGUGCAUGAAAUUUCUUUGCAGAUUACUUUUUCAUGGGUCACCCAUCCAAAGAGCUGCUAUUUUAACCAUAGACACAUAUCUCUAGACAGCAUGCAGAUGAAUUUUCUGCAUAUACUUUUGAAAACAAGGCAAAAGCAUAAAUUUGCAUUUGGUUUAACUGUCAAGAUCAAGAAGAAGAGCAGACGAUGUGAAACCAGAGAGAAUAGAUAUCUGUUCUCUCUGUAAAGCUCAAGCAUUAUGGUCUGUUGUGUUUUCGGUUUGUUUGCUCUAAGAUGAGUCUAAGUUAUGGGAGUGGAGGUCGAGAACUUUUACCAGAAAAGACAGAAAUAAAAAUUAACUAAAAAAUGUAUUGCAAGAGUCUGUUGGUUUUAAGGAUUUCAUUGCAGUUCUGGAUAUUAAUUUGCUAAAUGGUUCACUGCCUUCAACUUCACAAGUUAGUCGUGUGUUUGAGGGAUGUAUGUGCAAAAACUAUUAUUUGCCAUCCUUGAGUGAGAUAUCUGUAAUGAUGUACAAGAGGCUUAUCUUUGUAAAACUUUUUAAAUGGACAUCGGAACCACCCGGUCCCAACUGAAGGGGGCUGCUCAAAACUGGGUCCUCCUCUAAGGAGCAACAAGGAAUAAACUAAACUACUACUAAGGGAGAUAUAUGUAAUGAUGUACAAGAGUCUUAUUUUUGUAAAACUUUUUAAAUAGCUUGAUAACUUUAAAUGUCAUUUUUAAUGUGUUUGUAUCCUCUUUUCAUAAAAAAAUGUUAAUAAAAACCAGGGACGUUUAUAAGAAC